GAGUAAGACAGAUUCUUUUUGAGAUAUAAUUAAUUUCAACCAUGAAGAGGAGCUGCAGUUUGAGGAGCACCCCCACCAGCUUCAGCAGCAGCAGCAACAAGUACCAAAUGGAAAACUGCAACUCUCAUUGUAUGAAUGGAUCAGAGGACUACAUGAAUGGGCUCCCAUGGCCACAAAGAUCAUACACUUGUAGCUUCUGCAGAAAAGAGUUCAAGUCAGCUCAGGCACUUGGUGGCCACAUGAAUGUUCAUAGGAGGGAUAGAGCAAGGCUAAGGCAAUUAUCCCCAACUGAUCUCAACCUUAACCUUAACAACAACCCUAACUGCUCAUCAACCUCUUCUUUGUCCUUAUUACCACCACCACCAUCAUCAUCUUCAAAUUCUUCUUCUGCAACAAUACCCAAGCCUGCAGCUGCUUCCACAUUAUUACCCUUGUUUGUUUCUCCCUGUACUCCUCCUCCUCCUUCAUCAUCAUCAUCAUGGGUUGUUGUGGAUGGCAUCUUAUGGAGCACAAAGCCCUCAGAACCUGCAAAACCCGAGAUUGCAGAGUCUUUAUCAGGGAAUAUUGGAGAAUAUAAAGCUUUUGUUUCACGUGAAGAUAGGUGUCGAAUGUUGAAGAAAGAUAAGAUCCUCAGGAUGGACUUGGAGAUAGGUUUGCCUACAAGUUAUGAUUUAGAUCUGGAGCUUCGUCUGGGUACUUAAUUACUCUUAGAUGUAUGCAUGUGAAGUAGAUUUUAUAAAUGUAGCUAUGUUAACUUGUUUAAGUGU